AUGACGCCUAGCCAAUGGAUGCUAUAUGCUUGGUCCUGUGGUCGUCUCCGUCCAAUGAUCACUAUAAUAGAGAACGUCAUUGGACGUGCCGAUGCAGGCCUUUGGAAGCAAGAAAUCAAGGGCCUGGUGUGGUCGCUCACUGAUCCGGGAUAUAAAGAAUCUGGUAACCUAUGCCAUGACUUGUUGAACUUCCUUGAAAGUGCAAGGGAGUCCCUCAAGAAGUCAGAAUUGACUCGAGCUGUGGAGGAUGAGGGAGAAGGAAGCAAGCCCAAAGAACCACAGGCAAGGAGGACAAAGAGAAUUGCCGAUAAAGCUCAAGCUAUGGAGCAUCGCCCUAGCUCAUGGAAUAUGAGUCCAACGUUUUCAAGAAGUUUGGGGCUCCUCUUCCAGUUUAUGUUUGCGUAGUCUUCAUCAGUCAGGUCUUCACCGGUUGCCUUUAAAACACGCUGUGUUAAGGAACCCUUGUGAAAGUUUCAAUCCCUGGCUGAGAUCUUCUUCAUCUACGUCAGACUGCUGCUGUCUCUUCGUCUGGAUUGUGCCAUAGGCAAGUGGAUUCAGAACAAGGCCAUUGGUAAAAUCGUCCCUUUGAGUUUGAACCGAGUUAUACCUUUGUCUUGUGCCUGUAGGGGUACCUUGUCUCGAUAGCCAUGAAACAUGCGAUCUCCUUCAAUGUCACAAAGAGAGCCUGUAUCUAGACCUCUUUUGUUCCCUGUACACAUUCAAACACUGCAGCCUUGGGAGGAUUGUCGAGAGGAUGUCAGUUAGAACGUGUUCAGACAGA